AUGUAUCCGAGAUUGGUGGCUGUGUACGACGGGGAUAGGGUGCUCGGAGAGGUGCAGGUGCACCUCCAUAACGGCGUCGUUUUAGGGCCCGAGCUUAGGGAAAUUCGGAUAUCGCACUACUCGCCGCCGAGCGAGAGGUGCCCGCCGCUCGCGGUGCUCCACACCAUAAACCCCGCCGGGUUAUGCUUCAAACUGGAAUCUGCGGCCUCCAAUCAAGACUCGCCGCUUUCGCUUUUGCAUGUCAGCUGUCUCAGAGAAAACAAGGCAGCUGUAGCAUCAAUUGGAGGAGGGGAGGUUCACUUAGUUGCCAUGCACUCAAGAAAGUUUGACAGACAGAUCCCGUGCUUUUGGGGCUACAGUGUGUCGUCGAGCCUAUACAACUCUUGUCUUGUGAUGCUGAACCUCAGAUGUCUUGGCAUCGUAUUUGAUCUUGACGAGACUCUCAUAGUUGCAAACACAAUGCGUUCUUUUGAGGACAGAAUAGAGGCAUUGCAGAGGAAGAUAAGUACAGAGAGCGAUCCUCAGCGUGUUUCUGGGAUGUUAUCAGAGGUUAAACGUUAUCAGGAUGACAAAAAUAUUUUGAAGCAAUAUGCUGAGAGUGAUCAGGUGAUUGACAAUGGGAAGGUUAUCAAGUCUCAGUCCGAGUUGGUUCCUGCUUUAUCCGAGACCCAUCAGCCUAUUGUCCGUCCUCUUAUACGGCUUCAGGAUAGGAAUAUUAUUCUUACUCGCAUUAAUCCACUGAUACGUGAUACUAGUGUUCUUGUGAGAUUAAGACCAGCAUGGGAGGAGCUUAGAAGUUACUUGACUGCUAGAGGACGUAAGCGGUUUGAAGUUUUUGUUUGCACGAUGGCUGAAAGAGAUUAUGCUUUAGAAAUGUGGAGGCUUCUUGAUCCAGAAUCGAAUUUGAUAAACUUGAAGGAGCUUUUGGACCGGAUUGUAUGCGUUAAGUCUGGCUCUAGGAAAUCACUAUUCAAUGUUUUCCAGAAUGGAAAUUGUCAUCCAAAGAUGGCAUUGGUGAUUGAUGACCGACUAAAAGUAUGGGAUGAGAAAGAUCAACCUAGAGUCCAUGUUGUUCCAGCAUUUGCUCCAUAUUAUGCACCUCAAGCUGAGGCCAACAACACUGUGCCUGUGCUCUGUGUGGCUAGAAACGUAGCCUGCAAUGUGAGAGGCGGUUUCUUUAAAGAAUUUGAUGAUGGUAUGCUCCAACGGAUUUCUGGGGUUGCAUAUGAAGACGAUAUUAAAGAAGUGCCUUCCUCACCUGAUGUCAGCCACUACUUAGUUUCAGAGGAUGAUCCUUCAGCUUUAAAUGGAAACAGAGAUUCCCUUGGUUUUGAUGGAAUGGCAGAUGCCGAGGUGGAAAGAAGAUUAAAGGAGGCUAUGUCAGCUUCUUCAUCUUCUCCGCCAGUUGCAAAUUUAGAUCCCAGAAUCACCUCCGCUUUGCAGUAUGCUCUGCCAUCCUCAUCUUUCUCAGUUCCUCCCAUAACAACAAUACAAGGGCCACCAAUGUCUUUUCCUAGUCAGCAAUUACCUCAAGUGACCUCACUCCAUAAACCGCUGGUAUCUCAACUUGGACAAAUAGAAUCUAACUUGCACAGUUCUCCUGCCACCGAAGAGGGUGAAGUUCCAGAAUCCGAAUUAGAUCCUGACACAAGAAGGAGAAUGCUAAUUUUGCAACACGGUCAAGACGUGAGAGAGCCUCCACCGGAGCCUCAUUUUUCUGCUUGUCCACCUGUACCACCACCUCCCAUGCAAGUGUCCGUUCCAAGAGUUCCACCACGUGGUUGGUUUCCCGUUGAAGAAGAAAUGAGUCCACGGCAAUUAAACAGAGUGGGUCCACCCAAGGAGUUCCAUUUGAAUACGGAGCCUCUUCCGACAGACAAGAAUCGGGGUCAUCAUCCUCCUCCUUUUCUCCCAAAAGUGGAACCUUUGAUUCCUCCUGGUAGAGUUGUCGAAAGCCAAAGGUUGCCGAAGGAGGCAUUUCCAAGAGAAGAUCAAUUGAUAUUAAAUCAAUCAGCGCCUGAUUAUCAGUCUUUUUUGGGUGGAGAUGGCCCUGUACCUCAGCCACUUUCAUCAAAUAAAGAUUUCGAGUUUGAAGCUGGACAGAUUGGUCCCUACCCUGAAACAUGUACAGGAGCGUUACAAGAAAUCGCGUUCAAGUGUGGGACAAAGGUGGAGUACAAGCAAUCUAUAUUAUCAAGCACAGAAUUACAGUUUCUUGUAGAGGUCUUGUUCGCAGGGGAAAGAGUUGGCGAAGGAGUUGGUAGAACAAGAAGGGAAGCACAACGCUUGGCUGUUGAAGGAUCUCUUUUAUAUUUGGCUGAUAAAUACUUGUCCCAGCUUAGGCCUGAAUCCGGCUGCGAGCCUGGGGAUGGGAAUAGGUUUGAUAGUCGAGUGGAUAACGAUUUCACUAGUGAUGUCAACUCCUUUGGGUAUCAUUCAUUGCCUAAGGAGGAUGGUGCCUUUCCAACAGUUGGCCCACCACCACAAAGGAUUUUAGAUCCAAGAAUUGAGGCCUCCAAGAGGCAUACAGGCCCAAUAGCUGCUCUUAAAGACUUGUGUAUGAUGGAGGGCCUUGGUGUAGCAUUCCAAACUAAGUCGCAAUUUUCAGCUAAUCCUGCCCUGAAAAACGAGGUGUACGCUGAGGUUGAAGUCAAUGGUCAAGUAUUGGGCACAGGAAUUGGGCUUACAUGGACUGAAGCUAAGUCAGAGGCUGCUGAAAAGGCUCUUAUAGCCUUAAAAUCCAGAAUCGGUCAGUUUCCUUACAAGCGUCAGGGCUCUCCAAGAUCCAUGCAGGGUUUUCAAAGCAAAAGGUUGAAACCAGAUUUUCCUCGAGUUCCUCAACGUAUGCCAUCAACCGGCAGAUAA